AUGACCGAUACCAACAUUACCCACGGAACUCAGCAGACACUGAACAAUAUUCAAGGGCAAGCAGGAGCUCAAACAACCAACCCAACCGCUGGAGCUGCUGGUGCCGCUGCUGGCGCACAGGGUGUUCGUAGAAACCCAAUGAUGGAACGAUUCCUGGAUCAGACACCAAACGAGGAAUCCGUGGCUGCCAUUGCAAGGAACUUAAGCUUGUUGAACCAAUGA